AACUUUGGCUACGACGUCGGCAACUUUGGGGGAGUCCAAGGCAUGCAAAGCUUCGGCAAACGGUUUGGCGAAUGUAAUGAAGCUGGCGUCUGCAAGCUUCCCCCAUGGCUGUCUUCUCUCAUGACCUCUCUGCCUUUCCUGGGCAAAGCUCUGGGUGCAAUCGCCUGUGGGUCGAUUGCGGAGCGGUUCGGACGCAAGAUGUGUGUUCUAGUUCUGGCUUGCUUGUCCUUCGUUGGCGUUCUUCUACAGACAACCGCAACGACGAGCGCACAAUUCACCGUGGGGAGAUUCAUCAGCUUCGCCAUGACGGGAAUGACUAUCGUCGUGGUCCCCAUCUACCUGGCCGAGACAUCACCAAAGGUCCUCCGCGGUAUGAUGACGUCCACGCUACAACUGAUGAUUGUCUUUGGCCAGUUGGUUGCUUCGCUGGUUACUUUUGGCACUCAGCACAUUUCGGGUGACAAGGGCUGGCAGAUUCCAGUCGGCCUGCAAUUUAUUGCCCCGGCAUUCAUCGUGGGCCUGCUACCUCUUGUCCCUGAGUCUCCCCGAUGGCUCCUCUCUCAGAGCAAGGUCGAAGAAGCAAAGGUGUCCCUGCGAAGACUGUACAAGAAUCAUACAGAGGCCGAAAUCGAGCAAGAGAUCGACAUCCUCCGUCAUGCUCACUCUACCGAGCAAAAGGGCUCCUGGGCAGAGGUUUUCAACAUGGACAACCGAAAGCGAACCAUGGUUGCUGUCAUUGCCAUGUUCGGCCAGCAGAUUACUGGUCAGGCCUUUUCCAGCCAGUACUCUGUCGUCUUUUACCAAUCCCAGGGCUACAAGAGCCAGGCGUUCCUAUUCAACAUCCUCAGUAACGUCACUGGUCUCGUCUGCCUCGUUACUACCUGGUUCUUGAUCGAUCAGGUCGGCAGACGCCCCAUGCUUAUGAUUGGUGGUUCCGGCAUGGCCAUCUUCCUCUUCAUCGUGGGCGGAGUUGGACUUGAGAAGAACCCUAAUGACUCUGAGAGAGCAGCAUUGGUGGCGUCUUUCAUCUUGUUUGCUUGUUCUUACAACCUGUCUUGGGCACCUGUUUCAUACGUGGUGGUAUCUGAAGCCGCUUCCACUCGAGUCAAGGAAAAGACGAACCUUUUUGCAUCCGUCAUAUCCAUCAUCACCACCUUUGUCACGUCUUUCACCAUCCCGUAUCUCCUUAACGCGCCGUAUGCCGCCUUGGGUGCCAAGGUCGGUUUCAUCUACGGCUCCAUCAACUGGGUCAUGGUUGGCGUAGCUUACUUCUUCAUUCCGGAAAUGAAAGGCCGGAGCCUUGAAGAGGUUGACGAGCUGUUUGCGGCUGGAACAGCGAUGCGGGACUUU